AUGACUGAUAGAACUCACCCUGCUAAUGAUUUGGAGUCACAAACCAAACCUACAAUUCCUUUGUAUCCUCGAAACAUUUCGAAGUCCGAUAGACGUGACCCGUUGCAACAUGAAUAUUUCAAUCCACCUAUUCCAAAACGUAAGUUUCAAGUGAGGCACUCCCUGCCACCAAAGAAGAAAAGAAGUUGUUGCUGCAGGUUCCUGUGCUGUACCUUCACCAUAUUGCUGAUCCUUAUUAUUGCAAUAUCCAUCACCAUUGGAACACUCUACCUUGUUUUUAGGCCAAAGCUUCCUAAAUACUCAGUAGACAGAUUGAGAAUAGCACAGUUCAAUCUGUCUGAUAAUAACAAUCUUUUUGUUACCUUCGAUGUAACAGUAACUGCUAGAAAUCCAAACAAGAAGAUUGGAAUAUAUUAUGUAAGUGGAAGCAAUAUAAGUGCUUUAUAUAAAGAAACAGAAUUAUGUGAAGGGUCUUUGCCUAAUUUCUAUCAAGGUCAUCGGAAUAUAACCGUGCUUAAUCUACCUUUAACGGGUCAAACACAGGAUGCAACUGGUUUAGUAAAUACUUUGCAGCAGCAGCUGCAAGAGAAAGGUAAUUUACCUCUGAAUAUUAAGGUGAAUCAGAAUGUGAGGGUUAAGAUCGGUAAGUUGAAGCUGUUUAGAGUAAAGUUUCGUGUUAGGUGUGAGGUUGUGGUGGAUAGCCUUGGUGCUGAUAAUGAUAUUAGCAUUUCAGAUAGUAGUUGUAAGUUCAAGCUCAGGCUAUGA